AUGACGUGGACUAACUCUGAAGAGUUGCACCACGGUCACAUCCCGCAUAUACUAUAUAUUUCUAAAAUAAGUUGUAGUUUCCAAAAUCCACUUUUUCAAAAGACCAAAUUGCCAGGAGACGAACAACUAUGGCACCGUAAUCGCAGACCGCGGCGAGACCCGAGGCGCGAACCUUUGAAGAUUGCCACCUUUAAUUCUUUAUCAAUCUGUGACUUUUUACCUAAGAGGAAGUACAAGUGUACGUUGUCGCUUUCUGAAAAAUCGGAGCGUUGUCCCGAGUGCGGCCUAGCUAAAGUAGGAAGAGAUCUGUACCGACAUCUGUGGGAUGUGCAUUCGUACGAUCGGGCUAUGCUCCAGGAAGUAAAAACAGCAAGGCGAGAGCAGAAAAUGGCUGAAACAGGAGCGACUGUAUAUGGUUGUCCUUAUUGCCCUCACAAAUAUGCUUCGCGCAAUGCACUGACUUUUCACAAAAAGACAAAGCACAAAGCAAGAAUGGAGCUAGAGGAGGACGUUAGGCGUGUCCUAAAUCCGAAUCACAAGUCUGCCAUGCCAUCAGUUGAGAGGAAGGAUUGGCAGAAAUGUCCUAUGUGCACCUGUUCGUUUGGAUUUGACACAUUAUUACGGCAUUUGAGAAGAAGACAUGGCACUGCUGGUAGAAUAACUUCUGAUCGCAUGUACCUGGAGCGUUUGGACCAGUUGAGAAGCCAAGAACUCUCCUUCAAACUAGGACCGAGUCAUGGCGAGCGCAUUGAAUGUCCGGAGUGCAGUUCGAUGUUCAAAGAGGAUCACUUGGGAGAACAUGUUGUAUUUGCUCACAACUAUACCGAUGAGGAACGGGAUGUCCUGUUGAAACGCUUGGGAUCUAGUUCAGCUAUGGAAUCUGCAGCUCAUCUUCCGACGCUUUUCAAAUGCAAACACUGUGCCUCAUCGUUUUGGACGAAACGUGCUUUGAGUUCUCAUUUGCAAGAAAGGCAUGCGAGUGAUGAGCCUUCGACAUCUACCGCAGCUACUGUCGGAUUCGUGUGUGCAAGCGAUGGAUGUGAAAACAUGUUGGAAAGUUGCGAGGAAUACCUGUAUCACUGUGCUCAACAACACAAAGCGGAAACGAAACAAGAUUUCAAAGUAUUCGAUUUAUCUUUCGAUACCGUCGAUGAAUUUUUAGAAUGGAAGUCCGAUAUCGAAGAGCGGACUUGCACCUCCUUUCGGAUGCUACCCAUCAAAAGUGAACAAGCUGCAGAGUAUGCAUGCCAUCGCUGCAGUUCUUGCCCGGAGAAUAUAUCACUCAGCACUGCCAAGCGUUGUACUGCAUUCAUAAAGUGCCGCAUGCGGAAUGACGGUACCGUGGAAGCAAUUGGAUGUACAGACCACAUGGGGCAUGAUAGAGACGCAAAAAGUCUACUGCUUACCAUCGGGCAGAAGGAAAAGCUGCUAUUGCUCAUUGCAAAAGGCAUGGAACAUGCAGAUAUAGUUAAGGAAAUGAGGAAGAGCUACGACGAAAAAUCGAGACUUCACUAUUUGACGCUCGAAGAUUUAGCAGAACUUGAUGAUGCCGAAUCGCCGACAACAUCGCAAGACGAUCACCCUUGUCAGGAAUGCGACGAAGUGCCGAUGGAUCAACAGACAUUGGAAUCGCAUAAUAUAAAUGUUGAAGUGACAGAAGAGGAACAUUCAAAUGAAGAUGACGAAGCGAAAGAAGCCAAAGACAUAUACUAUAAGUGCAAAUCUUGUCAGUUCUCGUGUUUCACACGAACAGUGCUGGAAACUCAUGUGCAGACAUACCACCCGCACAGCAAGCUGCCUGAAUUGCAACAGCCAAUGUUUGCUUCUGUCACUUGUCCGAAGUGUGCGAGGUCGUUCAGAACACGCUAUUUACUGUCAGUGCAUUGUGUUGGGGUGCAUACUACAGCCAUGACGGACUUCUCACUUGUACAGACCUCUUUCAACAGCUGGAAUCAGUUUGAACCCUGGCGAGCCUCGAUGGAAAGGGACACCAAGACUGUAUUGAUCAAAAGUGGAAUGCAACCUUGGAAUGAGAAGCUUUUUCAUUUUUAUCGCUGCAAGUUUGACCAAACAGUGGCAAGUAUGUCCCAGGAAAACAAAGAAAAUAAGAAGAAAAUCGAUUGCCCGGCUUUUAUUGAUGUCAUAGAGCACGAGGGUGGUGUCCUAGACUGUGUUGCAUAUUUUGGACAUCUUGGACAUGAAGUUGAAGGCAUGCCGCCUGAGGAAGGCGCUGAGGAUGUGAACGCGACUGUUGAAACGAAGAUCAAGGACGAAUCUGCGCCUUGCUACAUCUGCGGAAGCAUUGUGCCUCCAGAAGUGGACUCCGUCUUUUGUAAAAAAGUGAAAUGGUGCCGUUGCAGCAAUGAAGAGUGCCAGUCCUUGGCGCACGAAUGGUGUAGGCGAGUAAUGGGUUCAGACUGCAUAAAGUGCAAGAACGGCACGCUAGUUGAUCCUUUGUAAGACUAAUUAUAGGCUAUUGAGACUCUUUUGAUUCUGGGGUACAUCUCGUUGAACUGUUUUCUGAGACAAGCAUCUCUUUCGUUUACAUUUCGCUUAUAUCAUUAUCGUCCAAUAUGAACGCAAUCAUUUGGCUCCACUGUUGUAAGCUGCAUUUGCUACUUUUGCAUGA